AUGGCAGACAAUGCUCAUUGUCUCGGUCGUACAAUUUCAGUCCCUAAUCUUUCUAGUAUUCCUCCAUUCCCUCAGACACCAAUAUUAACCCCUAUCAGCUUAGCUCGUAGCCACUCCGAGUCUCAAUCAUUGCCCCUUUUCUUUCAAUCAACUCCCCCCCCAUUCCUUACUCAACCCAACACACCUACGCCAUCAAGGCCAUUCCUUACUCAACCCAACACACCUAUGCCAUCAAGGCCAAUGCCUCGAGCUGGUUCCCAGCAUAAAACACAUCAGCAGAAAAUACAACUCAUUUUAGAUGUAAUUGAUAAACAGGCUCACUGGACUUUUGCUCGAUUCUUGCAUGAGAUUUUCCACAUGAAAGAAGAUGAUGGCGUUAAGAUCUUGCAACUAUGGUUUGAUCAUCCUGAUGGUCGUCCGCAUGAGGUUUUCCGCAUGAAAGAAGAUGAUAGUGUUAAGAUCUUGCAACUAUGGUUCGAUCAUCCUGAUGGUCGUCCGAAACCUAAUCAAGACAUCAGCUCAAACACUAUGUACUCACCAGAGACUCCUUACCUUGAAAUCAAGCCCGCCCGGCCUGCCUUGACUUCCUUUGCUGUCCAAAUAGUAGAUAAACAGCUCCGGAAGGAGCAGCAGAAAGUGUUGCAGCCUGAGACAGGACUUGCAGUGGGAAAACAAACAUCUGAACCUCAAUGGGUGGCAAUAGGCAGAACAACGUUAGCCAAAGCCAUGCAGGCCUUCAAGACUCACCAGCCUCUUCUAUGGCACUACGUCCUGUUGCUUUCUUCCCCAAGGAUCCGUAUUCGCAAUGGAGUCCGUGUAAUCCACAAGUAUCAUCCCCCUGAACCAGUCAGUCAUUUCUACAAAUAA